CUUACUUGCUUGGUCAGCUGCCAGAAUUGCCACCUGGUUUUCCACCUAUAACACCACAGAUGCGAGCAGCGAUUCUUUCACUAGGACCACCACCUGUUAUGCGAAUGCCUUCACAUCCAAUGCUUCCACCGUUCCCUUUCGCGCAGCAAUCUUCUCAUCCAAUAUCAGGUCGAUCAGCACUACCUUCAUUUUUGCCUUGUCCUCCACAAUCUCAGAUGCAAUCCUAUAUUCCUCAGGUGCCCCAUCAGAACAUAAGUUACAAUCGGGAUCGUUCGAGCAAGCUUACCGGUCUAGUAUCUAACAAAACAAUAUCUGAUUUUGCAUUAUCUCCUUUUGGUGGUUUUGUUUCAAAAAAAGAGCGUAGUUGGCUCAUUAAAAUUCAACAGCUGCAGUGCCAGGGAUGCGGUAAUCCAUACGAAGAUGAUUUUUAUUAUACGACAUGGAAACAACAAAAAAUGGCGCUCGAGAGGCACUCUCGAGGGUUGAAAGUGGAGGACGAAGAGCGUGGUUAUGUAUGGGAUGCUACCAACCUGCAUCAUUGCCAUUAUGUUCCACCGACAUUUGCUGGUAGUUUGGGAAAGCCAACACUUUCUACCGUUAAUUAUCCAAGACAGCUUAUCGAUCUGUCAAGCGACUCACCGGAUGAUGACGAUAAACUUUCUCUGAAGAGUAGUACAUCACAGAAAAAAUUGCGAGCACUUCUUUUGCAGCUGGAAAAUGUUGCAUUAUUAAUUAUUGAAUGUGACGAUAGACAUCGAGUAUUGUGUGCUCCUUCACUUCCCGAUGAAAUUCAGGAGAAACUGAGGAGUGGUAUUGAAAGUCGUAUGAAGACUAUAAUCGAGACUCUAUGUUUGAACGGGCGCCUGCAAGCUGUGUUGUUAAUCAAUAAAGGACGUCAAAUGUUUUCAAGAACAUUAUCACUUGCAAAUGAACAACAGAAGUUAUAUCUUCUUAAAACUUUUUUUGUCGCUUUAUCAACUGUUGUCAAAAAAGUUCCAUCAAAUGAGAUGAAUGAUUCGUUGCUUGUGCCAAUAUUUGAGGCGUUUUCUCAUUUUUCGAAAAAUACACUCAUCAGUUUCAUUAAUAACUCGAAGCUGCAUUUCUCUAGUGAUAUAAUUAUGAAUCUGUUCACGACAAAUCUGCUCAUAUCAUUGUUGGUUUGCUGUUCACGUCAUGAUUGUCCUUUGGAUACAUAUUUUUGUGCUACUACUCUGUCUUCACUAAUUAAACCAUGCUCACAGGAAGUUAAAUGUUCUUUGGGACAGUAUAUUGUUUUGACGUUAGCUGAUGUUAAAAUACUUGAUACCUGGUCAGCUAUUAAUAUUACCGGUUAUCAUGGAUCAGCUGUGCAGAAACUUAUUCAAAAUUUGCAACUUACCUGUAAGCUUCAGGGAUCGAGUAAUUGA